CCCCACAGCACUGCUCUUCCAGAGGCAAGACCAACCAAGAUGAGUGCUCUGGGAGCUGUUGUUGCCCUCCUGCUCUGGGGACGGCUUUUUGCAGUGGACUCAGGCAACGAUGUCACGGAUAUCGCAGAUGACAGCUUCCUGAAGCCCCCUAUGAUCGCAAAUGGCUACGUGGAGCACUCGGUUCGCUACCAGUGUAAGAACUACUACAGGCUGCGCACAGAAGGAGAUGGAGUGUACACCUUAAACAAUGAGAAGCAGUGGACAAAUAAGGCUGUUGGAGAUAAACUUCCUGAAUGUGAAGCAGUGUGUGGGAAGCCCAAGAAUCCGGCAGACGCAGUGCAGCGGAUCCUGGGUGGACACCUGGAUGCCAAAGGCAGCUUUCCCUGGCAGGCUAAGAUGGUUUCCCGCCAUAAUCUCACCACAGGGGCCACGCUGAUCAAUGAACAAUGGCUGCUGACCACGGCUAAAAAUCUCUUCCUGAACCAUUCAGAAAACGCAACAGCGAAAGACAUUGCCCCUACUUUAACACUCUAUGUGGGGAAAAAGCAGCUUGUAGAGAUUGAGAAGGUGGUUCUACACCCUAACUACUCCCAGGUAGAUAUUGGGCUCAUCAAACUCAAACAGAAGGUGCCUGUUAAUGAGAGAGUGAUGCCCAUCUGCCUACCUUCAAAGGAUUAUGCAGAAGUAGGGCGUGUGGGUUACGUGUCUGGCUGGGGGCGAAAUGCCAAUUUUAAAUUCACUGACCAUCUGAAGUAUGUCAUGCUGCCUGUGGCUGACCAAUACAAUUGCAUAAAGCACUACGAAGGCAGCAAAGGCCCCAAAAAGAAGACACCAAAGAACCCUGUAGGGGUGCAGCCCAUACUGAAUGAACACACCUUCUGUGCUGGCAUGUCUAAGUACCAGGAAGACACCUGCGAUGGCGAUGCAGGCACUGCCUUUGCCGUUCACGACAUGGAGAAGAACACCUGGUACGCGGCUGGGAUCCUAAGCUUUGAUAAGAGCUGUGGUGUGGCUGAGUAUGGUGUGUAUGUGAAGGCGACUUCCAUCCAGGACUGGGUUCAGAAAACCAUAGCCGAGAACUAAUGCAAGCCUGGCCGGAAGCCCUUGCCUGAAAGCAAGAUUCCAGCCUGGAAGAGGACAAAGUGGACGGGAAUGGACAAGAGUGGACGGGAUAAGAUGUGGUUUGAAGCUGAUGGGUGCCAGCCCUGCGUUGCUGAGUCAAUCAAUAAAGAGCUUUCUUUUGACUCA